AUGGUCGAGCGAACCGAUCGCUCAGAACGGCCUUCGGGCGCGUUGGGCCCUGCAGCCAUGGGCAUAGCUCGUGGCCUGCCAGAGAAUCCCGCACAAGGCCGACGCCAGCUUCAAAAUGCUGCAGCCCUUGGCAACAUCCCUCCGCCGCCCCCUCUGCCACCGAUGCCCAAAGACCUCCGAAACCUGCCCGGCGGUUUGUCCGCCUCCGCGCCCAUGACCUCCGCCCAGGUCAUCGCUCUCGCCCGCGACGCCAUGCAAAGCGCCCUCCACGAGAACGAGUCCCAGGCCGCCGAAGCGAGUGCCGUCAGCAACGAGCUGAAGCCGGGCGUCACGAUCGAUCUGAGUCGGAAGGGUAUCCAAAAACUACCAGACGAGGUAGUCGAUAUCAUCAAGAACGAGUUGGAACGGUUGCUUUGCGAUCUGAAAUCGCUCGAAAUCCUUGACCUUAGCAAGAACAAGCUCCGAGCUUUGCCACCUGACAUUGUCAAACUCGCUUCUUUGAAGGUCUUUUCAGUACAAAAGAACCGUAUUGAGGAGCUGCCAGUAGCCCUUGCCGAUAUGGUUUCCCUUCAGGUGCUCAAAUUUGACGGUAACCCCAUCACCUUUCCGCCUCGAGAGGUGUUACAAGUGCAGGCGAGCAGCCCUCCCAAUGAAGGAUAUCUGAAAGAGAGCGAAGUCACCGAGGUUGCCGUCACUGCACACAUUAAGCGCUUUUUAAGACAACAUGCCAUGAAUGGCCGUGCAGAGUCAGACACUGCAGGUGAGGAAUCUAGCGAAGGCAUGGAAACGCCUCGGAUGCCCCCCAUCAAGCGUGUAGUCAGCGGCCGUUUCCCCAUCAAGGUCAAUGGCACCGACGUCCCAGAUAUUCGAUCCCCGAAUCUGAUCAGACCUCCACCGAUCCCCAACCGGUCUCACUACCGCGGAUUGUCCCAGCAAAACACAGCCAUCCGCCGCCCCGGGGUAAUGCCUCUGACUAUUGGAAAUGUCAACGAAAGACUUCGAAGCAAUUCAGAGACGUUGUUGCAGGCAACCCGAGGGGAUCGACCCGAAUCUCGAGCGAGGCGUAUGGGAGUUGUGUCUCAGAAGGCUUCUCAACUCGGCACCUUGGACGAGACUACGGCCAACAACCGCUUCAGUCACUACCGAGGCCUCAGCCACGGCUCUGCGAUGCAACCGCCGCCCGCGAGCAUGUCCGUCAAGAGCCCCAAUAGCCCGGCCGAGCCCUUCCUUCAACGCCCGAUCUACGUUCGACGACUCUCUGUCCUGCCCGAGCGAAGACGCGAAUCCAAAGUCUACGAUCCAAUCCUUGAAGCUGCCAAGGGUAUUCUCUACGCCGUUUUUCAGAUUCAUCCCAUGAUCCAGAUGCUCAUGAGCUUGACGAGCGACGGCUCUUCCAAGAGAUCAAGCCUCGAAAUCGUCUUCUACAACACCAACUCCCACGUUGAGGAACUGGAGCAGGAGAUUCAGAAGCAUGACCCUGCUGUUGUGGGUGACGAGAUGGCGGGUCGCGAAAACGAAAACGUUCACCGUGCCUGCCAAACCUUGGUCAGCGCCUACACCCAUGUCUGCACGCUCCUCGCGGGUAACAUCGAUUCCUUCGUCGACAAUGGAGAUCCGCGCUACAUUCGCACUCUUUUGAUGCUCAUCUAUAAUAGCAUUAUGGAGAUCAGGUGUACUCUGGCGUCGAUAUCUCCAGAGGCCAUACCCGGAAAGACGGCCGCUCGAGCCAUGGCGAUGGGAGAGACAAUCAAGCCACACUCACGCGAAAACUCCAUCACACCCACUGCCGAGCGCCUUGGACUUGCGCAGCGGCCCCGCCCUGGUCCCAUUCUACACAACCCAAGCAACCUCAGAGUUGCCACGGACGUACCUUUGCCAUACAUGAACGGAGCCGUGGCUACUCGCACUGCCACGCUUACAUCGGCGACUCCCCGGUCAGGUGAAUCGUUCGCCUCGGCCUCGUCUGGCGGUCGCGGCAUUUCAGACUUCACAGAAGACGACAGGUACUUUGAGAAGAUCUUCCUCUCUCUGCAAAGGUCGUCAGAGCUUGUCAUGAGGACGUUACCCAUGUUUCAGAAUCACAUGUCUGUUCUUGCAAAGAAGGCCAUGGGUCGUCGCGCUUCGGACGAUGAGAUGAUGUGUUGGAAGGCUCUCAUCAACAAGUGCGGUACAGCGGUCCAGCAGACUGAGAUGCUUCGAAGCCGUCUCUCUCUCAUUAAACUCAAGGAGCCUGGCAUCAUGAGUCAGCCUGCUUUCAGGAGCCUGAUCAAUAACUUUAUCGACUCCUGGUGGGUAUUUGGCGACAAGAUUCGACACGCAUUCAACGAGGUCAACCUUCCUCCCGAUACCAGGGUCAGACUGCGCCCUAUUCAGCAAGCUAUGAAGGAAACACGAGACACCAUUCUUCAGUCGCCUUGGAGCUACCUGCUGCGGCAAUCUUCCGGCUCCAACACCUUCAGCCCCGGUAGUGGACCGGCCAUACCGCCCGUACAACUGCCAAUGACUCCCCAGAGCGCGGCGCUGGGACCGGCAGUCCAGGCGACGGUUCCCUCGACCCCUCAGAGCGCUUCUUUCGCAGCAGCGUUCAACGGCAACGUCUUUGAAAGGGCAGAUGCCCUCAUUUCGAUGGGCGGGCUUUCGAUGUCGCGAACAGGAACGAUGACGAACAGCUCGGCCGCUAGUUUCACCAUGUCUUCCAUGUCAUCUCUCUCCUCGGACGGAGGAGCCAUGACCCCAUCAUCAGUCAUUAGCCCGAACGGCUUCGGCCCCGGCCCGGUGCCCUUACGACUCAACGGAAGCAAAGUCGCCUUCUAG